AAGAGAAAACUUCUUCCAAGACACAAACACAAAAACAGAGAAAGAAAAAUUUGCAGCUGUAAAAUGGAAUUUCUUCCUCAUCAUCUUCUUUGAGAAGCCAAGAUUUAAUGAAGAUUAAGAAGAAGAAACUUAACUCCCACGUCUUCUUCACCUCUAAAACCAUCUCUGUACUGUUUCUUUUCCAUUAAAGCAUUCGCUCCCACCAACGUUACACGAGAUACCUGAAGCUACUGUCAAAUCAUCACGGAAAAAGUUUCAUCAAAUUUCCAUCCUUUCUUCUUCUUCACCACCAGCACCAGCAUUGCAUUUCCACCCUAUAUAAACCCCCAAAAAAGUGUUCUCUUUUCAUCAAUCGAUCAUCAUGAAGAAGCUAUAUCCAUUGAUCACUAUUUUAUUACUCUAUCUUUUAAUUUCAGUAAAGGCAAUGUUAGAUCCAAUGGAUUUCUUAGCAUUACAAGCAAUACGAAAAUCAUUAAACGAUUUACCAGGUUCUAAUUUCUUCACAUCAUGGGAUUUCACUUCUGAUCCGUGUAAUUUCGCCGGUGUUUAUUGUGUUUCUGAUAGAGUAAUCGCAUUGAAUCUUGGUGAUCCGGUAGCUGGUUCAACAGGUUUAACUGGUCAUUUAGAUCCAUCAAUUGGUAAAUUAUCAUCUCUAAUUGAAUUAUCAAUCGUCCCUGGUCGGAUUAUAGGUACACUUCCGAAUACCCUUAAUCAGUUGAAGAAUUUAAGGUUCUUAGCGAUUAGUAAAAACUUCAUUUCUGGUGAUAUUCAUAACUCAAUUUCAGAACUCAAGAAUUUGAGAACUAUUGAUUUGAGUUAUAAUCAGUUAACCGGUUCGAUUCCGCGAACAAUUGGUACAUUCCGGUCACUGAAUAAUCUUAUACUUUGUCAUAAUCAUCUCUCCGGUGGAGUUCCGCCGUUUUUCUCAGAAUCAUUGACUCGGUUAGAUCUUAAACAUAACGAGUUAACUGGUUCUCUAUACCGCUGGUCAUUUCCUGCUUCGUUACAGUAUCUUUCUUUAUCAAUGAAUCGUUUGACUGGACCGGUUGACCGGUUGCUAACUCGUUUGAACCGGUUGAAUUAUCUCGACCUGAGUCAGAAUUACUUCACGGGAGGAAUCCCGGGGAAUUUGUUUACAUUUCCGAUUUCGAAUCUUCAGUUGGAAAGAAAUAUGUUUACAGGUAAUUUGCUACCGUCGAAUCAAGUGAUGAUCGAAACCGUCGAUGUAAGUCAUAAUAAAUUUUACGGUCAGAUUUCUCCGUUGUUUUCGUCGGUGCAGAAGUUAUACAUGAACCAUAAUAAGUUUUUCGGCCAAGUUCCGGGGAGUUUUGUGGCGAGUUUAAUGUCUGCACAUAUUCAGAUAUUGUAUCUACAGCAUAAUUAUCUGACUGGGAUCCAGAUCAAUCCGACGGCUGAGAUUCCGUUGAGUAGUUCAGUGUGUUUGCAGUAUAAUUGUAUGGUGCCACCAAUACACACCACGUGUCCGAUUAGUGCUGGGACGGUGAGAAGAAGACCGGCUGCUCAGUGUGGAAAUGGAUGGAAAGGGUGAAAAUUACAGUAUGGGUUGUAAGGAAGGGUAAAAUGGGAAGAAACAGGUAAAAUAUAGAUAGUUUUUUUAUUUUUUGUUAUAAGAAAAUCUCAUUCUCAUAUGUUAAAAAUUAUAUUUUUUGGGGGGCUUAAAAUCAGAUUAUAUUAAUCUAAUAAAAAUGUAAUGUGGAUAAUUAUUAGAAUAUAGUAUAAAUAGUUUGUUAUUUUUUUUUGUUUAAAUCUAAGAUCUAUGAGAAUUGACACUA